UGUCUAGCCGCCGCUUCGCUAUGUGAUCGGUGAGCUUUCGUUCACAUCCAGCCUUGUUUGCAAACCGGAGUCAUUACACCCGCAAACCCGUCCGUCCUUCUACUCUAUGUUGUCGAAUCUAUAAAGGAACGCGUUGCCUGCCAUAUGCGGCUGGGCUACAUCCUCCGCUCUGUGCCCCAUCGACUUCUUCCGCCGGCAGGUACACAAACUCCGUCCGCCGCCCACACCCUCCUGCUGCGCUCCAAUAGCGAACGCCGCGUGCGAUGAUUGGAAAAAGACUAGCCAAGGAGGAGUAUACAGUAGGAUGGAUUUGUGCCCUUCCCCAACCAGAGUGGAAGGCCUCGCGGAUCCUUCUAGAUGAGGUGCACGAGAGAGCAAUCAUCGGCCAUACAACAAUACACCAGUACGUGUACGAAAGCAUGAAUGGGCACAACGUGGUCAUGGGCUGUCUCCCGGCCACUCAAAUCGGCAUCGCCUCUGCUGCUGCUGUCGCUGCCGAGAUGUCGGCGACGUUCCCGUCUCUUCGCUUUGGCCUAUUGGUCGGCAUCGGAGGUGGUGUACCCGGCAGCAAGGACAUACGACUGGGCGAUGUCGUUGUCAGCCAACCAGACUUGCGAGCAGGGCACGGCGGGGUGGUUCAAUAUGACUUUGGCAAAGCGAUACAUGGAGGCGCAUUUCAGCCAACAGGAAUGCUUAAUCAGCCCCCCGAAAUCCUCCCCUCUGCCCUUGGCAAGGUUCAAUCAACACCACGAAAAGAGAGUCGAUUUGAUCAGUACUACAACCAUGAGGAUUUCGACGACGAACCAGACUUUGCGGAGCGGCCAAACAUAGACCACCUUUUCCAUGCUUCCUACCCUCACGUUCCAGAGAAAUCAUCAUGCAUGGAUUGCGAUGCUUCGCAGGUGAUAGAGCGCAAAUCACGCAAGAGAUCCGGACCCGUCGUCCACUACGGCUUGAUAGCUUCCGGAAAUCAGGUGAUGAAAGACGCCGCAAAGCGGGACACUAUCAGCAGACAGCAUCACGACGUCCUUUGCUUUGAGAUGGAAGCCGCAGGGCUCAUGAACCGAUUCCCUUGCCUCGUCGUCCGCGGCAUUUGUGACUACUGCGACUCUCACAAGAACAAGGAAUGGCAGCCUUUGGCAGCUGUUGCGGCGGCGGCCUGGGCAAAGGAACUCCUGUUCAACAUUGCACCAAGCCAGGUCGAGGCGGAGAAGAGAAUCCAAGAGACCCUGCACAAUAUCGAAAAGAUCGGUAAUCAAGUACAGGCAGAUAUCCAAGCGACAAGACAUGUCGUCACUGCUCAACUUGGAGAUCAUCAAGAACAGCAAAUCGACAAAUGGCUCUCUCCGCCAGAUCCUUCGACGAAUUACAACAUAGCCACAGACCUGAGACAUCCUAAUACUGGUCGAUGGUUCCUUGAUAGCGACGAGUAUAUCAUUUGGAAAGCAAAUCCCAGCGCCCCUCUCUGGCUGAAUGGGAUUCCCGGUUGCGGUAAGACCAUCCUUAGCUCUGCCAUCAUCGAGGAUCUGAAAGACGGAGCUGACACGUCGGGUUUCAUUGUGCUGUUCCACUACUUUGACUUUAAUGAUUCCAGCAAGCAGUCGUUUGACAAGAUGUUACGCUCCCUUGUUGCUCAACUUUAUCAGCAGCAUGAGCCAUGCCGACAUCAUGUGCACCAGCUCCACUCUUCUUGCAAGGAUGGCAACGAGCAGCCGUCCACCCAGGCGCUGGCUACAAUACUCCAAAGCAUGACCAGUGAUGCGAGGAACGUUACUAUUGUGCUCGAUGCGCUGGACGAAUGUGAAACAAGAAGAGAUCUCCUCCACUGGCUAGCCUCACACCAUCUAGAGAAAAUUCGAGUCCUCCUGACCAGUCGCAAGGAAGGCGAUAUCGAGGCCUCAUUCUCCAAGUGGAUUCCGGCAGCGGCAGUAGUGCCUAUCCAGGAAAGGACCGUGGAUGAAGAUAUUCGCAAAGUAGUACGCAGCCGGAUUCACCAUGACGAGGAUCUCCAGCGGUGGAAGAAGUGGCCAGAAGUACAGAAAGAAAUUGAGACGGCCUUGAUAGAGAAAGCCGGUGGAAUGUUCCGAUGGGCUGCAUGUCAGCUCGAUGCCCUCAAAGAUUGCGUUAAUCUCCGAAGCCUCCGGGAUGCAUUAUCGUUCCUUCCCGAAGAUCUGGAUGGAACUUAUUCUCGCAUCUUAGAAAAAGUCUCCGAGGGAAACAGCAGAGACAUGAUUCGGGUUCUUCAAUUCUUGACUUUUUCGGAGCGGCCACUACGACUUGACGAAGCCAUCGACGCGAUAGCGAUUGACACGGAGGAGAGUCCCGCCUUUCGGGCCGAAAAUCGGAUGCCGAAUCCAAAAGAUAUCGCUAGGGUCUGUUCUAGCUUAAUUAAAAUAAUAACAAGACAACGCGCUUUAGAAGAUAACGAAAGUAGGGCAAAUCGGGACUAUAUAAUAGAGCUAUAGCUAGCGCAUUUCUUAGUAAAGGAAUAUUUAGUCUCGACUCGCGUUAUAGAACGCUUUUAAGCCUACCUAAGUAAGCUAUAUACU